AUGAAAGUUAUGAAGUGCUGCUGGCUGAAGUCGGGCAAAGAAACCAAGAGUACAUGGGAAUUGUUCCCAUCAGAAAAGGAAGCUGCAACCGCCGACCUUCGAGAAACUCCUCAGGAAGCCGGUUGGCGGAGCAAUCUUACCGAUAACGAGAAGCUGUUGCUACUACUCGGUUUUUGCUUCAUUGCCGACCCUCAGCAGCUGUGUCGACGUAAUGAGCGAUAUGCGGAAUGCGGCAGAUGUGAAGCAACUUGCAAGAAUCCAAAUACGGGAUGUCGGCACGGAUGUCUACCAUCAAGAUGCGAAUGUAUUGCAGCGCUAAACUACGUACGAGACCGUCAUGGUGCUUGCAUCAAAAUCACCGACUGUGAUGUUCCAACUAUGCUAGUUGCGUUUGAAUCUGGAGGAGCGUUUCGAAAAAUAUUCGGAAAGCUGUACAACGAGGGCAAAGUAGAAGAUGCAGGACGCACUGGCACGCAGCAAGAGCGAUGA